CGAGGCCCGAAACGCAAAAAGGAACGAAACCCCUAACCCCUAAAUUACCCAUUCCUCCCACUGGUGGCCGGGUUUGCGGCGGCGCCGACGGGCCACCACCGAGCGCGAUGGCGAGCUCGGCGCUCAGGCGAUCUCUCCCGCUGCGUGGCGUCUCGCUCCGCCGUGCCCUACCCUCCCACCCGCCACCAGCCGCCGCCGUCGCCGCCGGGGGCUCCUUCCGUCGCUCCUUCCAGUCUGGGGAUGGCGAGACCAUGGACGAAUUCGAAGAGCGGCUGUUUGGGAACAAGGGCAUGGACGAGGGGUCACUGUACGCGAAGCUUGAUAGGGUUGGGAACACCGGUAGGAGAUACGGCAUGGGCUCUGGGAUGGGUGGCUUUGGUGGGUUCGGCGACAGGAGCAGCUCUGGGUCCAUGGGUGGUUUUGAUUCUUUGAACGAUGGCAUGAGUGAGAUGCUGGGUAAUACGGCCCGCAGAUUCCAAAUGGAUGAUGAUGAUGAGGACGACUGGGAGGAUGAGGAGUUUGAAUUCAGGCCAGAUGUGCAGUAUAGGCGAGGUUCGAUGUAUAAUGUCCGGGACCUUGACCUUAAAAGACCUGCAGUCGCAAAGAACCCUCCUAGACCCCAGUUUGAAACAUCCACAAAGGAAGUUUUGAGGAAAGCCGAUUUUAGGAAUGUUAGAUUCCUCUCCAACUUUCUUACAGAAGCCGGUAUUAUCAUCAAGAGAAGCCAGACUCGUAUCAGUGCCAAAGCUCAGCGUAAGGUUGCGAGAGAGAUUAAAACUGCCCGUGCAUUUGGGCUAAUGCCUUUCACAACUAUGGGUAGAAGACCAUUCAUCUUUGGCAGAAGCGCGGAGGAGCGCCUUUCGGAUGAGGAAUACGAAUACAACUUUGUAGAGCAGAAGGAUGGUGACCCUGAAGAGGGCAAUGGGGAUGCUGAGCCAGCUGUGGAAACUGCCUAAACGUUCACAUGGGAGUAUUCUUUUUUUCUUUCUUUUCAGGCGCUCUGUUUCUCUGUUACUCUCAUUCGACACAGCGUCGCAUGCCUUCCUGAUGCCCCAUUUUGCUUCUCAAGAGCAUAGCUCAGCUUGAAAUAAACUGUAAUUUUUCACGGGUUAUGUACACUUAUGUCUAGCUUGCUUGCUGUGCCAUGAUAACGAGAUAUUUCCGGCUUGAUAACGAGAUAUUUCCGGCUUGGUAUCCUCCAGGCUGGAGAUCAUAUGCCAAAUGAAA